AAUGAAUUAAGCCUCAAGUUCUCUCUCCAGAAACUUUUAUAAUUAUAAUGGAACUGCAUAUUCAACAGAUAGCAUGAGAGUGUAUAGUAAAUCUCCUAAAAAUGCAUAAUAAUACAUUAAUCGAUAUUAACCCUGUAUUUAUUCCACAAUGAGCAAUAUCUAAAAUUUACAAUCUCUUAAAAACUAAAUAUCUUAAUUACAAUCUGUUUUAACUCAAUAACAUCGAAAAAGUAGUUUUACUAGAUCUAAAGCAGAUUCUUCAGCAAAUAUUUCAAAUGAUAGAUCUUUCUAUACAAUGAUUAAAGAAUAGUUGAAAUAGGUUAGUAAUUUAUAAACAAUAGAAAAAGAUUCUAGUAUUUUAAAUAUUAAUCAAACUACUUAACAAUUCAAAAAGGAUUAUAUAAAUAAUAAGAAGUUAGAAUAAGAUUCAGAAAAACAAUCUAAUAUUAUGACACCUUAAGGUAGUGCUGUGAAGAAUUAAAGUAUCUUAAAAGAAACAACAAAUAAUGUCAUAAAAAGUGAAAAAUAAUAAGUUUUAAAGCAUUUAUUAUAUCCAGUAAGUGAAACUAAAGUAGAUAAAAAUAUAAAGUAAAAUAAUAAAUUAGAAGAAUAACUUCGAAUUGGACUUCAAGAUAAGUUAAGUUAUUUAGAAUAGAAUAAAUAAGAAAAAUUGUCUAAAUUAAUAUAAGGUAUAAUCUAUUGUAGAAUUUUAUAGAAUUUAAAAAUUCAAAAAAAUUAUUAGAAGAAGACUAUCAGAAUUAGGUUUAGAAUGAGAUUUAAAUAUUUGAAAGGAAACUUAGAAAAUUAAUGAUGUCAUAAAAUAAGGAUAAGAAACUAAAAAGACUUAAAAAAAGUAGUUUAUUAUUGAAUACUAAAUUAAAUCAAGAGUCACCUUGUAUGGUAUUGUUUGCAAUAAUUUGAAUAGCUUAGAGUUCAUCAUAAUCAUUAGAAAAUCAAAUUAAAACUUCUUACAAUUUAAUGAACACUUUUAAAAGAUCAGAUAGAACCUAAUUAAUUAGUAGUUUUAAAAAAGAUUGUAAUAUGUUGAAUUACUCUAUUGAUAGCUUCUAUAAAUAAGGAUAAAAAGCAGAAGGUUCGAUUCGAAAAUGAACAGGGUACACGUUUCAAAACAGAAACAGAAAAUAAUUGA